AUGGAUUCCAACACGGGCCUCGACUUCCAGCGGAUUGUGGUCACUGAUACUGAAACUCUCGAUAAGCACAGCAAUAUAAUGGAAAAACUGAGACUGGAAGAUCGGCUACCAGAAGGAAGGAGAACAUACGAAGAAUUGCUUGAGAAAGUAGGGUUGAAAUUUGAACACGACCACGACCCUCGUGGGGCUGAGCGAACGUGUCAACAUUUCGUUUUUCAGGGACAGUGUUUGGUUCUAGGAGACUCUGGAGUUGGAAAAACAAGUCUGGUCAAGGCUAUCAGUGGAAAGCCUUUCGACGAAAUGGAGCUAAGAACGACAGGAAUUGAGCAAAGUCUUGUUGAUGAGAAAUGGCAGAACUUGGAUACGAAGGAUCUUAUUUUUGGAAACGUAAACCGAUUCUUUUUAGAGAUUUUUGUUCAAUUAAUGCUUUAUGGAAGGGCUGGAAAUGUAAUUUUCCAGCAAUCUAGGUUUUGGAAAAACAACAGUGGUUUCUUUCUGUUGCUGUUAGGAAUUAUAUUCUCUUUAACGAUAACGAAAAUAAUUACGGAUCCUCCAACAGAAAAUCACAUCGUGUUCCUCAUAAGUAUUAUUUAUUCCGCCUUUGUUUUCCUUUUUUUUUUGGUUUGUGAAACUUGCUUUGUUUUCUCUCCAAAAGAAGAUCGGAGAUUAAAGGUGAGCUUGUGCUGUUUUAUGGUCAACCCUCGUGGAAUUCUAGUAGGAACAUUUCUUUCUGUUGGGUUACUCCGUUUUCACCGCGAAAUCAGUUACGGCGAGCCAUCUAAAACUGCAAUUUUUCAAGUUGCCCUCUCUAUAGCGACAGUAAUCGCUCUUAGCUACGUUGCUUUUUUACUUUUAAGAGGCCCACGAUCGUUUUCUUUGGAGCAAAAGUGUCCCCAACCAGGUCAACUGAAAUUGAACAACCAAAGACCAAUAGAAGUCAUCUUCUUUAGUCGUUUCAUCUUAAAUACUUUUGUAAGCUUCAUUUUAGUAACAACAGCUGGUGUAUUUUAUUCAAACAUUCUACAUCAGUUUUCUAUCGUGAUGGUCAUCGUUUACUCUGCAUUUUUCAUGGCGGAGUCUGUGCCUCGAAUUCUAAAAUCACUACCAGAGUGGCAUCAAUGGGCAAAAUUUUUUUUAAUCAUUAUAUUUCUCCUAUGCGUUUUUGCAUGUCUUCCCUCUUCAAGCGAGAAACUUGCCAUGACUUUUUUAGUACUUCUCUGUCACACACUACACCAAGAAUACUUUUGGUUGGAAUCUGCAAUAUCAACACCUAGUGAGGACCAUGUAGGUCCAGGUACGUUUACCGCAGUACAGUUGGAAAAAGCAGUAAUAGACCACAAAAAAUUGAAAAAUGCCCUGAAUCAGAAGUGGUCUUCCUUGAAACUUAAGAUUCUUGAUUUUGCUGGAGACAAAGAGUAUCAGGCCUACUUUCAUAUGUUUCUAAGAAGUCAAGCUAUUUAUGUCAUUGUAUUUAACAUGGCUGAGUUUGCAGAGGAUAGUCUCAGAGACUUAACCACAAAAAUAAAGAGUCUCCACUUUUGGCUUGAGUCUGUUUGUAGCCAUGUGACAUCAAGUACUCCAAUUUUCCUUGUGGGAACACACAGAGGCAACAUGGAGAGAUCCACUAUGGAAAGAAUCAAUGAAAAUCUAAAGAGAAACUUUUGGGAACUUUUUUGUGGUGAGCUGGUUGUAAACAAAGUUGAUGAGUUGUUUUUUUUUCCUGUUGAAAACUCCUUGGGUCAAAAUGACAGUGGGAUUCAAAUUUUUCAGAGAGCAAUCAUUGCAACUGUAGAGGAACUUAAGGAAACAAUUGGUCGGAACAUUCCUCUCUCUUGGAUCCAAAUCCAGGAUGCCCUCAUAAGUAUGAAGAGUGACAAGGGAGCAAAAGUCUGUGUGAGGUUUGAAGAGUUUCCUACUGUAUUUGACAAUUUCAUUUGCACUAACUGGACUGAAGAUACACUGGAAUACUUCCAUGAGAAGGGUUUUAUGAUGUACCUCAACAAAGAACCAAAGAGGGUUUUGCUUAAUCCUGAUGUACUAAUCGAUAUCAUCAUCAGGCUUAUCACCAAACAACCUGAAGGGAUCCCCCAGAGAAGUUACAGACGUCACUGGAACCUAUUGCAAGAAAAAGGAAUGCUGACCAAAUUCCUACUAGAAUUCCUACUAGAGAGUGUCCUCUCAAAAGUGGAAAGUAAAGAAGAUGUGACUGCAUUCCUUGAAGAGUAUGACUUGAUCUGCCUUUUGACACAUAAAAUGGCUCCUCUAAAUGGGGAACGUUUGACCCCAACUUACUUUGUUCCAGCACUGUUGCCAAUUUCUACAGAUGAGAACAUUCAACUGUGGAAAGGCAGAUCCACAGAUAAAAAGUUCUUUGUGUUUUUCAAGAAAUUCCUACCUGAGCCUUUGUUUCAUUGUCUUCUCUCUCGUGCUCACAAGAACAGCAAAAUUCAAUUUCCACGCAGUCAACCACUUGUUUAUAGAGAUGCUGGCAGGUUCUGGUUGGAUUCCAGGCAGCCUUACAGAUUAAAACUACUAAAAGACAUGAAAAUGAUAGAAGUGACAUUCACCAGGUUAGUUGGGUUCCAAUUCAUUCACCAACAUUAGUCAUUGUAUCUAGUAUGUAAACUAAUUGCUAAUGGGGCUUUAAAAUCAUUUUCCUUAGAAAAAGUGCUUAACUCUCACAGUGCACCUCUCCACUCAGGAAUAAAAAUGAGUUUGAACAUUCAGCUCUGAAGAAACAGCUUACAUUAAACAGAAUAACAUCAACCAGAGAAAAUUUCCAUUGUUUCUCUAGGGGGUGCUGAAGACCAAAGUGCCAACAUUGAAUAACAUGUACCAGAUCUACUUAAAAAUAUCUAGGUCAUACACAAAACUAUUAAGUGUAAAUUACAGAUGGGAUAAAAUGCUAAAUACUUAAUAAAAAAAAUGUUAAAAUUUUCUGAGCCUACUUUGUGAUGAAGAUAAUUUUAUUUAUCAACUACAUUGGGUAAUUUUCCACAUAUCUUAUCAGUGAUGUGAAAAAACUAAAAACUUCAGUAUCUAUAUUACGUAGAGGAAUAACAGGUGAAAAGCAACUCAAAUGAUGAUGCUUCCUUUAGUUAACAGCAAAAUAUGCUGAUUAACUAUUGAAAGAAAACUAGCUAUGUGUCUUAGUGUAGACCUAACUUAGUAUUUUUCAGUCAAAAUGUUUCAAUAAGGAGAUCAGAUAUUUUACAGAUUAACAAGUUCCUGCGCCUUGCACAGAUAUUACUUGGGCUUCAAUGUACUCUUAAAACACCACGUAAAAUAAUCUUAUCUGAGUUAUCUGGAUGAAACUCUCCAGGCUGAAAAUAACAUGUUUGCUGUUUUUGUGCAUGAACCAGUGUCACUGAGAUGAUUCAUGCAAUUUAAUAUUUCAGGCUUUAUAUGCACUAAUUUUGGAACCUCUUAGUGGGGGGAGGGUUUGCUAGGGGAAUCUUGUUUUUCUUUCAAUAAAAUGUUUUUUCUUCAAUUAAAUCUCACCUAGCAGCUUGCAAAGCUGGAAUCCCUCAGAUGUGUUGUGCAUGGUGUUUUCUAUGGUUGAUGGAGUCUGCCAGCAGAGUUUCCCCUUCGUGAAGUUUCACUGUGGACCUGCUUGCCCCUCACUUGAGUGCCCUGGUCAUCAGGAUGAGGAUGAUUUUCUGGUACAUCCAGCUGGUGAACCAUCCAUCAAAAGAUGCCAUGUGUAUAACAUCAUGCCAGGACGUCAGGGAGAUAAAAUUCCCUUUAUGUACUGUGUAAACCACUGUUUUGAGGAUGAGCUAAUAGAGUGGAUACCAUAGGUCAAGAGGGACACCUGGUACUUCAAAUGCUUUUUUUUGAUCAUGUAUUUUUCAACAGUUUAAUCCAUGAUAUACAUAAAUACAUGAUGUGAAAAUGGAUUGCUUCAAAUUCAUAAUGUUCAUGUAGUCUAGCCACAUUAAUACUUCAAACAGUUGAAUUCAAACAAUUACACACAGUCACAGAAUACACACAGCGCAGCACUUUUUUGAUGAGAAACAAACUAAGAUUUUGUCUCAUAUUAUUUCAGUCUUGUGAUGUCCAUUUAUUGCUGGCUUGGUAUAAUAUUGUACAGAUCAUGCUAGAUUUUUUAUUUUUAAAGGAGUGAUAAAUUCGUUACUCCCUCAAACUGAAGGUUAAAUAUCACCUUGAUAGUGUCCCCUUUACCUAAUUGGUCUUGAGAACUGUCAGUUUCACAAUGCAUCACAGCUUACUGAAGCUUUUUCUUCUUAAUUUCCUUGCAGUUUUGUAUGGAUGAGGCCCUUAGAUGUUUUGUGUCAAGCAUUUCCAAUGACAUGGUAGAUACAAUUUGUGAGACAAAUUUUACAUUUGUGGAGUUUCAUUGCAGAUCUUUCUACCCCUAACUUGACUGAGUGCCUUGGUCAGGAAAAUGAAUGUUAGGUUCAUGACCCUGCCACAUGUCAUGGGCAAGCCAUCCAGUAGCAGAUGUCAUGUGAUUGUUUGACAUCAUUUCAUGCUUGGACAAAAUAAGAUCUCUCUUAUAUUCUGUGCAAACGACUGUUUUUGGAAAUUAGCUGAAAGAAAGGACCAUUGGUUUAGAAUGAAUUUUUUUAAUCUUUCCACAUGUCUGAGUCACAAGUGAAGGAUUAUGUGUGUUCAUGAUGGACGUAUACAGUAUCAAACCUUAGUUUGGCCACAUAGACCAAUCAUAUUCCGGUGUACAAACAAUGCACAGAGUACAUGCAUGAAACAAGAGAAACAAUCUUUAUAUAAGUUAUAAACUUUACAAUUAAUACUACUAGGCAUUAGGAUGAUUACCUGUUAGCUUAUUUCAAUUAUUGCCUUGAUUACAGAGAGUGCUGAAUAUAGCUUAGUUAUUAUUUUUUACUCUUUUUUCAUAUAGUUUGCUUUUGCCUAAAUUAUAAUAGUUUUCGGACCUC